AUGGACUCAGCGGAGAGCAUAAUAGCGGAGCAAGCUCCAGCACACACCGUUAACGGCGGUGGCGCUGACCUCCCCGUUGCGCCGGAGAAGGUGAACGGACAUAGUGAGCCGGUCGUCAAGCCUCCAUUCUCAUGGCUCCAACCUCACGUUCAAUUCGUUGUCAUCCUGGUCGGAUCCGACGAGAUUCCGUUCGCCCUUCACCUGGAUUUCAUAUGUGCUAGGUCAAAGUACUUCGAACAAAAGCUCCUUUCAACGCAGGACGAAAAGCCGUUCGAGCCCAUCGUACGAUUGCCCAACACGACGCCAGAAGUCUUCGGCUUCGCCCAAAAUUUUCUCUACACCGGUCAUGUCAUCUCGGUGUCAGGCGAGACGCCCUCGUACGAGGUACUCAUCGGCGUCUGGAAGCUUGGCCACAUGCUGGAUAUCGAUGGCCUCUGCGACAAGGCAUUGGCCGCCAUGUUGGAUUGUAGGCGCAUCACGAAGCACAUUCCCGCGACGCCACUGCUCAUCCAGGUCUGGGAGGAUACCCCGGAAGGCUCGUCGAUCCGCAAGCUGCUGCUCUCGUGGGCGGCCGAGUACAUGAGGGCAUCCGAAACACGGGCCGAGUUUGCCAAGUCCCUGCCGCAAGAGGUCCUCAGCGAGCUUGUCAUCAUCAUGAGCUCGCUCGAGUCUGCACCUCCUCCAGCUCCGGAGCCCUCGCCGGAUACAGCGCAGCCGGCGUCGGCACCGGGCACUGCGCCCCGGAAGAGUGUACAUUACCUUGAGGACGACAGCGACGAUGAGCGUGCACGCGGGGCGAAGAAGUCUCGUCGUGUGUCUGCCGUGGCACCAGCCGUGGCCAACACGCCUCCCGCUUCGAUGGAACGUAAGCCCCCCACGGUUCGCAAGCCUGUCAAGGCCGCUCUGCCAAAGCGACGGUCCAGCGCCGCUGUGGCGAUAGCAGACGGCGAUAUCAGCUUUUGGACCCGGCUUGUUGGCCCUUUCAAGGAUCCUGUUGAUCCUGAGAAGGACCACGUGCCAGACUACUUUGAGAAGGUCAAGAAACCGAUGGAUCUCGCAACGGUCAAGCUCAAGAUGGACCGACGAGAAUACACCAACGAGAAUGAGUUUGCAGCGGACGUGCGGCUAAUCUUUGAGAACUGUUACACAUACUGGAACAGAACCGACCCCAUGUGGGCAGCUUGCGAGAAGUUCCAGAAGACGUUUGAGGAUAAGUACAGCCAGAUGACCAAGACUAUCACCAAGCUCAUGCGGGAGCCUGCCGACUGA